AUGAAGCGUUCCGCUAUUAGUCCAUCUACUAUCAGUCCGUACAUGCUUUUCACCUCCGGCCCCUUCGAUAGUCUCUUCCACUACACGCUACAUUGUACCCAAAUCCGCAGAGGCGCUUCAGGAGAUGAAAUACCGAUUGCCCUGGGCCCCCAGAGAGUGUACCGAGUGUGCAAAGGGCGACUGAGGUAUAGCUUGACCCUAGUGAAAGCGCUGAGACAUUGGUACUCACCAGGCGGCGGAGUUGACUUGGAAACGGCAGCAGGGAUUCAUCCACCCCUCGCUGGGAUUACAGGCGUUGACGAAGUCCUCGAUAGGCAGCAAGCAGAGGCUCCCGUGACGGGUACUCGAGCUGAUAAUUCGUUGAAUGCGAAUAUGUUAGCACUCAUCCGGGGUGUCGCGGGAAUGACGUUGAAAUCCUCCAGAGCAAAGAUGCGGGACUCGGUGACGGGGGACGACGAAACUUGGUGA